AUGGGUGCUCUCGACGAACUUAGAUUUGAGGAAUUCGAUCCCAAAUACUUCCCCAAGUUAGAACAUAUAUCUGGCCCUUCACCAUACGCUCAUGAUCCUACUACUGGCCCUUCAUAUAUUGCUCCAGAAAACCGUGAAAAGCCCCUUACUUCAUCUGGCAUUUACAAAAAAGAAUACGGCCAGUAUGGCAAAGAUAUUUCACCUCUUCUUGGUGUCGAGUACAGCGAAGAAGUUCAAAUUGCCGAUUUCAUUAAUACACUUUUGAAUGAUGAUUCUACCGAAGAGCAACGUGAAAAAGCUAAAAAUCUGAUUCGUGAUAUUGCAAUUGAAAUUUCCCGCAAAGGUGUCGUAGUAUUUAGAAACCAACACAAACUGACCGUCCAGAACCAAAAAGAUUUCACCAACAAUCUUGGUAUUCUUACAGGCAAACCCAAAACAAAUGGUCUCCACAUUCAUCCUCGUGCCCCCGCCGGUGGACUUAUUGGCGAAGAUGGUCUUAUUGAUCCUGAAAUCUUUUACGUUUCAUCUACGAUAGACCGUCGACCCCGUAGUCUUAAACUGGGCGCAAAUUUCCCUUCAAUUGGAUGGCACUCCGAUAUUACUUUUGAACCUGUUCCUGCUGAUUACUCUGCACUUAAAAUUGUUCAACAGCCAGAUGAGGGCUCUGGUGGUGACACUUUGUUUGCAAAUGGUUAUGCACUUUACGAAAGAUUUUCCAAGCCCUACCAGAAAUUCCUUGAAGGUCUUAAGGGCACUUAUGCUCAGCCUGGAUUUGAGCUUUUUGGCAAGGCUAACAACUUUUUGCUUUACAGUCAGCCUCGUGGUGCUCCCGAAAACAUUGGAGAUAGACUGACAUCUUCUCAUCCCAUUGUACGUACAAACCCCGUUACUGGAUGGAAAAGUUUGUAUGCUGUAGGUCACCAUUUUGCUCAGAUCGAAGGUUUGACACCCAUUGAAUCUCAACGCGUCAAGGCUUUUAUCAAUGACACUCUUGUCAAUUCUCAUGAUUUACAAAUUAGAAUUUCAUGGAAUGGUGCCAAUGACAUUGCCUUUUUUGACAACAGAUCUACUUUCCACAGCGCCACUUCGGAUUACUUGGGAACCAGAAGAGGUAUCCGCACUAUCAGUAUUGGAGAACGUCCAUACUUUGAUGAGAGCAGUGGCAUUCAAAGCGAGGCUAUAUACGGUGAACUUUCGGACAAAAUUGGAAACCUUUCUGUCAAAAAUUAA